AUGCAGAUGCAGCAUUUCAUCUUCCUCGCCUGCAGCAUAUUCACCCAAUCCGCGGGAUUCUACUCAGGCCAGACCCAGACUAGCGGCCAAUGGGGUCGAUAUCUGUCCGAGCAUGACGCCUCCCCAUGGGUAGGUCAAGAUGGUGCUCCGCAUGGCCCCACAGAGUGUCUGGGGAAGGCGGCAGAGACGUAUCGAGCAGUUCUAGGGCCGUGA